AUGCAAUUAGUACAAUUAGAUGGUCCUCCGGAUCAAAAUCUCGGAGUGAAGAACAUGCUAAUAGGUGCUGGUGAAAAGCUGAUUUCCACAGCCACAAAUAAUCAGCCAACAGUUGCAGCACCAAAAACCUCAAUUAGCGGAUUCUUCAUGAUCAUAAAUGAAAUCUGUAAAAUGCACAUAUGGCAUAUCCUUUUCUAUACCAUCCAAAUGAUACUUCCAAUUCUUCAAUUUAUUGCAUUACAUUUUUGGUCUACUUUCACAUACUCUCACUAUUCAUCAUCGGGUACCGGAAAGUUCAUUAAAGGAAUCCAUACUCUUCUUGGAUUCACGUUUACUGAUUCUCCAGGUUCCUUAGAAACAACAUCAAUCAUCGUUGCAAUUGUUCUUAACGUCGUUACACUUUUAAUAGUGAUCGUUUCUCUUGCAGUGUAUAGUAUUUCAGGAUACAUACCAAAGAUGAUGAUUCUUGUGGAUGCAUGCGCUCUUGAAAUCCUUGUAUUCGCCUUUAUCAUGCCAUUAGGCUAUCUUUUUGGCUGUUCGAUUCCAGGACUUGCUGAUUCUGAUACAACAUCAAUCGUAGUAUUCUUUGUCUCCUUGAUUUUAUUGAUCGCUGUAACUUUCCUCCUGUAUCUCUCAUGUUCUACGAUUAACUAUUUCACAAAUCCAUCAGAAUCAAUAUUCACUACAUUUACUGGAUCACAUUCGAGAGUUUUCUUCAUUUUAGAAAUUAUUUUGGCAAUUAUUGGCCAAAUUGGUCCAGUCUUCCCUUCGUGGUACAAAUAUGUUGUCAUGGUAAUCUCAAUCAUCAUACACGUUGCCCUUAUCAUUAAUGUCUUUACGAUCCCAUUUGCAACAAUCUCCGGAAACUCCCUCGCUUUCGGUAUGUACUGCUAUGCAAUUGUUGCAGAUAUCCUUACAUUAGUGGUUGCAGCCAACGCAAACCUUCCAGGACCUGUUUAUCUCGUUUUACCUUUUGCUGUCUUCAUCAUUGCUUCUAUCGCUGCUUUCUUCAUAUUCAGGAGCAUCAUUAUUCACCAUACAACUAUGAUUACUAUUGACGAUAACUCGAUUCUAAGUGAAUUUUACGCAGAUCUUGAGAUUAUGAACCAAGACAAGGCACUUUACUACUGCAGAGCCGCUUUCAUUGGUGGUUCCAUCUCAGUACUUAACGGAAACUACCCAAUUUGGCUCUCAGAAAAGUUCAAUAACAUAAAUGCCUGGAUUUUCACUUGCAGCAUCCUCGCAUUCGUUCCAGGAGAACAUGAAGCCUUCCUCCACGCGUUCAAAGUCAUCUCUUCCAUGGUUCCAAAGGGAUUAAUUGAACAAAUUUUGGUUCAAAGAAUCACUUCCAUCGAACAGAUGCGUUUCUCAUCCAAUGAUAUCCGUACAAAAGACACUUACAACCGUAUCAAAGACAAAACAAACAACAUUAUCGGUUUUGUAAGGCAAUUCUGGUCGGAUGUCGGUGCAAAGAGGAAUAUUCCAUUCAACGAAGUCGCCGGUUUCGGUUAUUUGGUCAGCCAAACAAAGAAAGAAUGGAAUGAGAUCAUGGAAUCGUUCCCCAACGAUCCUAAGUUCUCAGAACUGUAUUCCACUUACAACCUCGAAGGCGCUGGUCGAUUUGAAGAUGGUGUGUACUGGUUAGUUAAGUCUACCCAUCAAGAACAAGGUCUAUCAAACGAUGUCGACCCACUUUUCAGAGCAUUCCUCAUUUCUAAGCCCGCUUUCAUUCACAGAAGACUUGUCGAUAAGUACGGUAACGUUUCUUCGGCCAUGGAUGGAGAUUUCACCUUAUCAAUGACAAUGACAACCAGAACUGCCAUGGUUUCCGAGAAACUCGAAGAGGAUAUCGAUGCUGGUAUCAUAGAGAAGAAGUCUGUUGAGUUAUUCCAGUAUCCGAAGCUUCGUGCCCAAGUUGAAAAUAUCACUAACAGAUAUGAACCUCCUCAUCAACUUUUAUGGACAGUUUUAAGAAUCUUCGGCUUCGUAGCUGCUGUUAUCAUCACUUGCGUCAUUAUUUACUUCCUUUAUGUCUCAUUCGACCAACAAGACCUCGGAUACAGGCAACUCGGCCACGUUGUGAAUAUUCUCGAGUCUCUUGCUUAUAACAACUUUUUCAUCUAUCUCCGCGCCGCUAACGCAACCGACCAAUUAUACGAUAUUGACUUCUUCAAGAAGUAUAUUCCGGAUGCCGUUAAUAACGAGAACUCGUCAGUCUAUUUCGAUGAUAUCAGGAAGUCCCAGGAGAAGUAUCUCGCUGUUUCCGCAAACGCUUACAUUAAUUUCUUCAAAGAAUUCGCUACUGGCAGUGAUAAAGGCUUAGAGCAGACAGACCUGAUUGAGGCGAUCACGGAUUCUUCGAUUUUGAAGUUCAAAUGCGCUGGACAAUAUCAAAAAACGCUUGACAACAGUACACAAGCGGUUAAAUCAGCAGUAGUCGAGACAGUAUGGAAUGAAUUCUCAUUAGAAGAUGACGAUUAUUCUGAUUACUUGAAUAAUUCCAUUAUUUGCCAAGAAUCUUUAGUCCAGAUCUAUAUUACACCAAGACUUACUGAAAUCAUGAAUAACAUCGUCGAUGAAUCCAUGAAUUACUCAGAUGUCCGUUCUAAAACAAACAGAAUUACGAUCAUCGUAUUUGUUGUCAUUUUCUUAUUCAUCAGCCUUACAACAGCAUUUAUUCCGAUGAUUAACCUCAACAUUGCUCAGAAGAAUAUCUUCAAAGCCCUCAUUUCUGUCAAUUCCAACGGUGCCCUCGAAGGAAGUAACCCAAUUUGCGCUACUUCAUCCAGCGAGAAACUCCAUUCGAACGUUCAGUCCCAGAUUUCCUCAUACAAUAGCAUUUUCAUGGUUUUCACCGCUAUUAUCGUUAUAUGUCUCAUUAUUCAGUUCAUUUUCCCAAUUAUCGCAUACACACAGACAAUCUCCAACAUGGACAGUUUCGCCAGUGUCUUAGAACAAGCUGUUUCCGGUGCUCUUCGCGGUGCUUAUUGCCAAAGACUUCUUUCAAUUCUUUCCUACGGUUUGGUCGCACAAAAAGCGUUAGUAACCUCCGGAUAUACAGGCCGACCACCUACUAAUUAUAAGAGACACUGGAACACGAGUAGAAUUUAUGACGAGUUUUCCAAGGUCUACGGCAACUUGCAAGAGGCCAACAGGUUCUUCCAGCACGGCGACAACAAUGAUGGUAUGGUAAACCACGUAAAAGAGAUCUCAGAUUUACAUGCAAUCGAUUCUUGCUCGAACGCUUCAGCAACGACCGAACAUGACUCGUAUUCAUGCUAUGGUAUCGAUAGAGGUUUGAGCUGGUACAUGAAUCGUGUUUCAGAAAUGAUGAUUUCAAUUAAUCAAUCAAGUACUAACAAACCGUCCAAUUAUACAAUGAAUUCAACCACAUACAUCGAUUUACUCCACUACAUGGAUGCCCAUUUGCCACCUCUGCUGACGAAAUGCAGAGUUUUGACAAAAGAUUAUUUGGUUGGUCUUAUUGACAAAGGACGUGUAUCGGCUAUCAUUUACGGUGUUAUUUCAAUUGUAUUGGCCAUUUUUGUCCAUAUCUUUAUUUCUCUUUCGAUUUCCCUUCAAAAGAAUACGAUUGAAGGUCUUUUGAUGCUUAUCAGGCACUUGCCACCACCUGUUAUUGCAGAGAGUAAGACAAUCAUCGAUAGUCUUUCUCUCGUAAAGUCAGAAGAAGUCGAAGCAGAUUUAGAUCCUCUCCAAGUCGUAUUCAACAACGUUGCAUCACCAAUUCUCUGCGUCGGAGAGAACAACGUAAUCGAAGCCGCUAACACUAAGUUCCUUAAAACAUACGGAGUGACGAUUAACGAAAUUGUCGGUAGAAGAAUCAAUUCUAUCAUUCAGAUGCCAAAUCCGAAUGCAACAGAGAUGACAAUCGAAGAGCAGGGUGCAUUCCAUUUGAUCGAAAAGAUGGGAUUAAUGACAAAUGACGUAGAAGUCCAAAAUUGUUCAUAUAACCUUAAUCUUUAUGUCAACAAUGGAAACUAUAUUUUGGUACAAAUGAUUGCAUACCCUGUAAAGAACACAAAUUCAAAGACAAAUUUCGUUGUCGUUGUAAACGAUACAAGACAGAUUAAUGCAACAAAGACAGAGCUCGAGGCCCUUGAGAAAACAACAGAUGGCUUACUCAACCAGCUUAUUCCAAGAACGAUCGCUGCUUUCAUCGCUGGAAGAGACACGAAUUUCAAAUUCAUCGGUAAGAAGGGAACAGUUGUCGUUGUUAGAUUAAACCACGCAUUCGAGAUGGUCCAACACUCUACAGAAUCACUCGAUCAGAUCAUGACUCAGCUCGAUGCGAUUGCAUCUCAUAAUCCACCAUACAUGCCGAUCAGAACAAUCGGUGGUUCGUUCUUCUACAUAGGAGGUCUCUUCACUUCCCACGACAUUAGUGGUCCACCAUCGAUUGGUAUCAAGUUGGCAUUAGCAAUGAAAGGUUUCCUCGACGAUUCGAUUCCAAAGGAAGGCGACAAUGAUAACAGAUUCCAGAUCGCUGUAAUGACAGGAGGCCCAGUCAUUUGCGGACUCGCAGGAAAAGUUCAGCCGCAAUUCGAAGUAACUGGACCAAUAAUUGACCAGGCAAAUACACUGCUUGAAAGCGCUCCUUCUGAAGGAGUUAUUGUUUUGCAGUCAACAAGAACUGAUAUCGAUACAAAUCCGGAAUCUGGCAUCAAGUUUGAACACGAAGGACCACAGGUUUUCGGCCAGAAGACUUACAUGUUCUAA